ACGUUCAUGCUCAGGCCUGUCAAGAAAGCAAGGAAAGCUUUGAUGGUUCUCAGCACAAGACAGCAUUAAGCAAGAGAGAAAUUAAAGCAAAAUUAUUGCUUGAUUUUUGAAAGUUCUGUUCUAUCCCAAUGAAUGAGGAGAGGAACACUUGCAGGCAAGACUGUAUUAUAUUUUGCCACUUAAACCAUCAGCUGAUGAGUCUUCUGCUUUGGUGAGCGUCUCAGCCAGUCCACAAACGCCAAUCCUCCACAUCUGUUCUUUGAAAUGCUGUGAUGUAAUAACUGUGGACAAGAACUCAAGAAUUGUUCAUCUCUACCACUCAACUAUGAAUUAAGAAUAAAUCUGGGGACUACCUUUUCCAGAAACUCAUGUAACUAGAAGUGUGUGAAAGAAUGUUCUUAGAGCAAACUUCAGCUCUUGCAGACAGCAUGAGGAAGAAACGUGCCAGCAGCUGCCCCCUCUACAGAAAUGUGCUGAUGGGUUCUCCAGGACCUACACACAUGCCUGGAUACCUUGGGAAGGAGGUGAGCCUGAUGAAAAUGGACAUGAAGGGGCGAGAGGCUUUGGACCAGUUGGCAUUUAAGGCCCAAGAGUUUCAUCUUGAGACUCUGAGAACACAAUACACAUGGCACAGAUAGUAAUAUUUUUUCAGAUGCUGCUAAGUCUGCUGCUUCAUGAUUACAUCUCAGCUGAAGAUGGGGAAACAAGAGCAAGUUGCAGAACUGCUCCAGCAGAUUUAGUUUUUAUCUUAGAUGGCUCUUACAGUGUUGGCCCAGAAAACUUUGAAAUAAUCAAAAGCUGGCUUGUCAAUAUUACAAGAAAUUUUGAUAUAGGGCCAAAGUUUAUUCAAGUUGGAGUUGUCCAGUACAGCGAUUACCCUGUACUUGAAAUUCCCCUUGGAACUCAUGAAUCCACUGAGAACCUCAUCAGGGAAAUGGAGUCCAUACACUACUUGGGAGGAAAUACAAGAACAGGAAGAGCUAUUCAGUUUGCCUUUGACCAUGUUUUUGCAAAAUCUUCAAGAUUUUUAACAAAAAUAGCAGUUGUUCUCACUGAUGGAAAGUCCCAAGAUGAAGUCAAAGACGUAGCAGCAGAAGCAAGGAAAAAUAAAAUCACUUUGUUUGCUAUUGGUGUUGGCUCAGAAAUUGAGGAGGAUGAACUUAAAGCUAUUGCCAACAAGCCCUCAUCAACUUACGUAUUUUACGUUGAAGAUUAUAUUGCAAUAUCAAGAAUUAAGGAAGUUAUAAAGCAGAAACUCUGCGAAGAAUCUGUUUGUCCGACAAGAAUUCCAGUGGCAGCUCGAGAUGAAAAAGGAUUUGACAUUCUUGUAGGAUUAGGUGUGAAGAAAAAGGUGAAAAAAAGAAUUCAAAUACCAACCACUAAUGCAAAAGCUUAUGAAGUAACCUCACAUGUUGAUCUGUCAGAAUUGACAAGGAAUGUGUUUCCAGAAGGUCUGCCUCCAUCCUAUGUCUUUGUUUCCACUCAGAGAUUUAAAGUAAAAAAGACAUGGGAUUUGUGGAGAAUUCUAAGUCUGGAUAAGAGACCACAGAUUGCAGUCACUAUUAAUGGAGAAGAGAAAACAUUAUCAUUCACUACAACAAGUUUAAUAAAUGGCACACAAGUUAUUACUUUUACUGCACCUCGUGUAAAGAUAUUGUUUGAUGAAGGCUGGCAUCAAAUUCGUCUCUUAGUAACAGAAGACUUUGUGACUUUGUAUAUAGAUGACCAAGAAAUCGAAAGGAAGCCAUUACAUCCUGUUUUAGGUAUUUACAUCAGUGGCCUGACUCAAAUAGGAAAGUAUUCUGGAAAGGAGGAAACUGUACAGUUUGAUAUACAAAAACUGCGAAUCUACUGUGAUCCAGAGCAAAAUAAUCGAGAGACAGUCUGUGAGAUCCCAGGAUUUAAUGGAGAGUGCAUGAAUGGCCCUAGUGAUGUAGGCUCCACGCCUGCCCCCUGCAUAUGCCCACCAGGAAAACAAGGACCUCCAGGCCCCAAAGGUGACCCUGGGCAGCCCGGGAAUCAUGGUUAUCCUGGUCAGCCUGGUCCAGAUGGUAAGCCUGGAUAUCAGGGAUCGGCAGGAACUCCUGGUAUCCCAGGAAAUCCAGGGGUACAAGGACCACGUGGCUUACCAGGUAUCAAGGGAGAGCCAGGAAAAGAUGGGGCUAAGGGUGACCGUGGAAUACCUGGUUUUCCUGGAUUACAUGGGAUGCCAGCGCCAAAGGGAGAAAGGGGUCCUAAAGGAGAUCAAGGAGUACCAGGAAUAUAUGGAAAAAAGGGUUCAAAAGGAGAGAAAGGUGACACAGGGUUUCCAGGAAUGCCUGGGCGAUCCGGAGAACCUGGCAGAAGUGGAAAAGAUGGAAUACCAGGAAGUCCUGGUUUCAAGGGAGAAGCUGGACAGCCUGGAUCUCCGGGCCUAGAAGGACAUCGAGGAGAGCCUGGAAUUCCUGGAAUCCCUGGAAAUCAAGGAGCAAAAGGACAAAAGGGUGAAAUUGGACCGCCGGGUCAACCAGGACCAAAAGGGUCACCAGGGAGUACUGGUUUGAUGGGACCAGAAGGCUCAUUUGGUCUACCUGGAGCUCCUGGGCCUAAGGGUGAUAAAGGCGAACCUGGAAUACAGGGGAAACCAGGAUCAUCAGGAACCAAGGGAGAACUAGGACUGCCAGGUGCUCCAGGUGAACCAGGCUACCCAGGCAUUCCUGGUACCCAGGGUAUAAAGGGGGACAAAGGAAACCAAGGUGAAAAUGGUAUCCAGGGACUGAAAGGAGAAAAAGGAAGACAAGGAAAUCCAGGCUUACAGGGGAUAGAAGGAUUGCGUGGAGAACGAGGAGAGAAGGGUGAUAAAGGAGAUCCAGGAAUUCAUGGCAUCAAUGGGCAAAAAGGAGAAUCUGGUAUCCAGGGUUUGGUUGGACCUCCUGGUCUCAGAGGUCAGCCAGGAGACAGAGGGCCCCCGGGACUACCUGGAUCAGAUGGAAAGCCUGCACGAGAAUUUUCAGAAGAAUUUAUUCGACAAGUAUGUUCAGAUGUACUAAGAACCCAGUUGCCAGGCAUCAUCCAGAGCGGAAGACUACAGAAUUGUAACCAUUGUCAAUCCCAAAGCGCUUCCCCGGGACUUCCAGGACCACCAGGUCCAAGAGGCCCUGAAGGCCCGAGAGGGUUUCCUGGUUUGCCAGGAAACGAUGGCAUUCCAGGGCUGUCAGGCAUUCCGGGUCGUCCUGGGGCUCGUGGGACAAGAGGACUGCCAGGGAAAAAUGGUGCAAAAGGCAAUCAAGGAAUUGGGGUUCCUGGAAUCCAAGGUCCCCCAGGACCUCCAGGUCCUGAAGGUCCACCAGGUAUGAGUAAGGAAGGACGUCCUGGACAGCGUGGGCAGCCUGGUAAAGAUGGAGAUCGUGGCAGUCCAGGAAUGCCAGGACCGGUUGGACCCCCUGGAAUUUGUGACCCAUCACUAUGUUUUAGUGUAAUUGUGGGGAGAGAUCCAUUUAGAAAGGGACCAAAUUACUAGUUUGUGAUACAAUAAUUUAGAGGAAUAGGUAUGGUGCUUGUCUUUUAUGGUCUUUCAGAUCUCAGGAAGGUGACCAGCAAUAAUUAAGCAGGAGCAAAAGUACCUCUGACAUUGUAAACAUUAUAAACAUUAUAAAUAAUGAUCUCAAAGUUUAUAUGUUCAUUUAGAAAAGAAACUCCGAUAACUUUUUUGUAACUUGCAUCAAUUGAGUUUUGAGUGUUUUUAAAGAGAUCGUAAUAGGAAUAAAAUUAACUAUGAUAUUUGAUAUUUAGUAUUUAAGUGCCCUAUCAUACUCCUGUUACCACUUCUUUGCAAAAUUGCUGGAGACACCACUGGGAGCAGGAUUAGGCCUUAAAUGGUAUUGGUCAGGUAUAAAUUACUGUGAAAUUCUUCACAUGCAGAUGACAUAUACAGUAUUUUAUUUUGUAAGAAUGUGGCUGGCUUUGACUUCAUGUGUGUGUGAAUCUCAUUGGCUUGUGUACAUUUCAUAUGUCAUAGCUCCAACUGUUCUGUGAAUGAAAGCAUAUAUCAGAUUUUUAUAAAUUAAGAGAAAUAUUUUGACUUAUGGAAGUAAUUUCACUGAUUUUACCAUGCAACUUUUUGCUUCAAACCAAGGUGAAAUGCAAGGGUGGAACUACUGGUCCAAGAGCGCCCAAGUUCUUAUUGAUGAUGGUACUGUCAGCUACAAAAGGUCAAAAGGUUCUAUGUGGAUGAUUCAGUUUAUAGGAAAAUAGCAUUAAAAAAUAAAAAAGAUCAAAAAAAAAGGUAUAUCUGGCUUGUAGCUAGGAUUUGACAAAAAAUAAUUAAAAAUGGUUGCACAAUCCCAGUGUAACAGUUUUGUGUAAUUAAGUUAUAUAUUCGUUGCUGUUUCUCCCCAAGGACUGCAGUUGCCAAACUGAAGAAGCAGUUUGAAGGUUUACAAGGAGAAAGAUUUAAGUACUGGCUGACUAGCUGCAAUGUUUGUUACGCCUUUUCCGUUUUCAUUUUAAGCAAGCUAUGUGUAAUUUUCAUUGUAUGCUUUGCUAAUGAGGUGUAUUGCUUGCUUUUACAUAAAGGGCAAAGGCACAGUUCCCAUGAGAUUUUAAAAUCCGUUUCUUAAAUUAAGGCAGAGUCUUGCAUUAAACAUAACCAUCGCUAUACAAGUGGCUUUUUCUAAUGUGUUGUUUUUCUGUUGUCCUGCUAUCAGAGACUGAUAAAUAUGCUUGACAUUCAAGGUUAAAUAAAAUUUUGUAAGGAACUGAUGGUUGUUUGAUGAAUGAUUUCAAGAGUCUCCUGUGUUGCAGAGGACAGUGAUGCCUGUAAUACAUGGAGGGGUAGUUUGACCCUGCAGCUGUGCUUUUUUCCUCCAGCGUCCUUCCAUUUCCUCUGGAGAAAGCACCAUCCCUGGGAGCAACACCUUUUCUGCUGGACUCCCACUGCCUGCAGGGCAGCUGGACUGUUCCCAGUGGCUGCUGCCUGCCCAGAGCUGCAGCCCCACAGAAGGUUGCUUGCAGUGAGUACCUUAGCCAAACCACCUUGGUUAUAGUGGCAUGCAAUCAUUAAGUAUCUCAUAAAAUCCAGUCUAAAAUCCUCCAGGAUGAUUCAUGAAAGAUACUGACAUGGACUUGAGAAAUGAAGUUGUUCCAGAGGUUUUCUCCCCAGACAAAUGUUCCUCGGAACAUGCUAUACGACUUGGCUCAUGUGAGCAAGCAUUGAUUGAAUUUGUGGAAGAAAGAAUAUAGAAGCCUCUUAUUUUGUUGUGUUCGAUGUCACACUGUUUAUUUUUUGAGAGCUGGAAGUGAAACGUGUCACUGAAUGAAUGAGGAUCCAAGCAUGUUUGUAGAAGCUUUCCAAGAUGUCUAGUCUGCAUGCUAAUUUAUAUCUAUACAUAAAUAUAUACCUUUUCCGAUUAGAUGUAAGGUGAUGUGGUUGUUGAGGCUGGGAAGAGGCAAAAUAUAAAAAGAAGAGCAAGUCAGAAGGACCCCUCACUGCAGCAAACGCAAACAGAAAACCAGAAUUCCCUACUGUUAGAGAAUACCAGUAUUUGUUUUCAUUAGAACUUAAAAUAACACACGUAGGUUCUUCCAUAUCAGAAACAAGGUGGAAAAGGUGGAAAUUCUUUAAUAUUCCAGUUCUGUCUUGAUUUAUCAGCCAAUCUGAUUAGUAGCUUAUGUAAUCAUAGAAUCACUAGGUCAGAAAAGACCUUUGAGAUCAUCAAGCACAACUGUACUGAUUUCGUUUGAUCAAAUUCACAUGUGAAUCAAACUUCAGUUUUAAAUGUAGUGGUGGCUUUGUCACACCGUUAGUCUUAUUGGAGGGUAGUUUCUGAAUGACUCUGGCUGAGGAUCUACAUGAAAUUUCCAGUCUGCAUCUAUGCAUUUUAUAUGGCCAUUUUAUAUAUCUUCAUUUUAUUUUAACGUCGUCUUUGCCUUGAGUUACUCCUAUUCUUUUGGCUUAUUUUAAAAAAUCAGUGUUCCCUGAAAGCCUUUCAUGCACUAGGUUAGGCAAGCAAACCUUUUAUUUUCCACCUGUUUGAAAGGCUUUCCACUCCCUGUUCAUUCUUAUAGUUUUUUCUUCACUUUUUUUUGAGGGGAAAUGAGUCAUUCUAUAAAUAUGUCUGUAAUUCUAGGUAAGGAACCUCUGCUGUACCUCAGUGAAGUUGAUACUUACUCAAAACACAUGGCUCUGUUCAGCUUCUCUUUUUCUUAGUUCUUGGGUUAGUGAUCCAAGAGUCAUGUAGGUCUUCCCUGGUGAACUAGUAUUACCCAGAUCUAUUACCUCUUCCAGGUUUUUUAGCUGAUGAGCUCCUGUAUGCCAGAGCAAUUCAGGUUGGAUCGGACCUCAACUUGUGAUAGUCCCUAGGAGUAUUCGUUCCAUAAAUUUCCCAGGGACCAAAGAAAGGGACUGAUGUGCCUAUAAUUUCCUGGAUCCUUCUUUAAGCCCUUGUAGAUGGGGUGACAUUAAACUUCUUCCAGUCUUUUGGGACAUCCCCAGAUCUUCAUGACUUGUCAAAGGUUACAGAAAGUGGCCUUGCAAUGAUGUCAGCCAGCUCUCUUGACUCCUUCAGGUGGAUAUUGUCAGCACCCAACGAUUUGCAGGGGUCAAGCUCCUGGUAUGGUUCACGUAUCGACUUGUCCUUCAUUAACAGUGGGUCUGUAUUUGCAGCAGCCUGGGGUUUUGUUCCCAAAGCCUGAGACUCAACGGUCCUGGUAGAGACAAAGACGAAGGAAGUGUGGAGAACCUUUGCCAUUUCAGUGUUGUUGGUGACAAAUUCACAUGUCCUGUUUAACAUUGGCCCAAUAUUUUGUUUCUUCUUGCUGUUUACAUAUCUGAAGAACCCUUUCUUCUGUUUUUUCACAUCUCUGGCCAAUUUUAAUUUGAGCCAACCUUUUGCUUUUCUAACUGCAUCUCUGCAUGCGAUGAUAAUGCCCUUGUAGAUCUCAAUGGGUAUUUAUCUGUUUGUUCAUCUCUGUUACGCUUCUCUUUUGGUAUUGAGCAGACUCAGAAGGUCACAGUUAAGCCAAGGGUGGGUCUCUUGCUACACCUACUUCCCUCACUUAAAGGAGAGGAACUGCUUUUGUGCUUCGAGGAGAACAUUCUUGAUAAGCUCCCAGCACUCGCUCCUUUAUCCUCUGUAGGAGCUUCCCACAGAAUCCCAGAGGCAUUCUGUAGGGCUUCCACAGUUGCCAUAGUUGAAUUCCUUACUUUCAAGGUAAGGAAUUUCCUUACUUUUUCCUGCCUGUCUUCAUGAAUCAUCCUAUAGCCACCCAUUGUGAUCCUCCAGUUAUGCGAGUUGUCCUACCAUGUUUCAGUUAUUCCUAUGAUUGCCUAAGUUUCUGACUGGUGUGGAACUCCAGGUCCUCCUGUUUUUUUCCCCAGGCUGUGUGCAUUGGUAUACAGACAUCUCAGGCGGUUGGUCUUCUGGUUCUUAUCUUGGGAGGCAGCUAAGGAACAUUUGUCUUAAUUUAUUAUUUCUUUUGUGUGUGUCUAUGCAAAUGAAAGAGAUACUUUGAGUUUUCCUCUACUCCUUUUGCUAUCUAAAGUAGCUCAGUCUGGCCUAGCAUGAAUGUGUCUGUAGAGUGCUGCUGAAAGGGUACAAUUUCACCUACUUUCUUUCUUUGUAGCAGUUUUAAAGCAAAAUCCCGUGUUGGAGCUAUUUCACUUGUAUAAUAAGAUAGUAAGAAAGACUGACUUUGAAAACUGAAUUGUUAAGAGACUUCACUGAAUGUAAAACACACUUUAAGCCCUCGAUGUGCAAAAGGAAGAGAUGUGAAGCUUAAUCUAUUUGAUUACCAUAACUUCUGAGAUGCUUGGAUGCUUCAAGCUCCAGUACUGCUGUAUCUUUGGUAUUUUGCUCUGAAUUUGAGUCUGUGAACGUAUCACAUUUCUACAAAAAGGAUUUUUUUUUGACAAGUUGGAAUUUUCCAGAGGAAAUGCUAAACAUAUAAACCUGUGCAGUUGCCUCUUUGAAAGCUAAUAACGAUGUAACGCAGCUUAUGUAAUUGAAGACAAACACUUUGAAAACCAAAUCCUGUAUGAUUAAAUAGCCAGAAACUAUUAGCAAGUGUCUUGCAUCCCACCGAGAUGCAUAUGUUAUAGCCUAGGAACCAGUGAUUUAGAUAAGAUUUUUUCAAGCCAGAAUUUAGCUUACUUCACACUGAUUUUUUUUUUUACUUCAUUUGAAAUAGUGGAAUUAUACAGUAAAUGUGUGUUCAAGAUCAUAUCUUGUUUGGAUCCUUUAACUGAGAAUAUGAAUAUUUUUCUCAGAUAUUCAACUCAUUCUACAGUAAGAGGUUAAACAAAUGGUAUAAACUGGAGUAUUAUCAGAUUAAUGAUCCACAGGAGAAACACUCUAAAUUACUAAAUUACUAUUGAUGUAAGCUGUAUGAAGUUCUUGCAAGUGUUGAUUUGCAAACAGAAGCUGUGAAUAAAAAAAAUCACUGUGAAGCAUGUCACUGACUAUCAGAUACUAUCUGGAAACACUCACAAGAAACUCUGUUAAGUAACAUUUUCUGAUUUUCCUGAUGAUAGUCUGUAAAACUGGAACUUGGGCUAAUUUUUAAGCAGAGAGUAAGAUGAGAAAAGAAUUUCUGACUGUGAGUUAAAAACCACACUCCCUGGUUGGUCGAGUGCCUGUUGGGGUCAGUGGAAGAACUACAAUUCACUACGUUAAAUUUUGAGUACAGCUUCAACUCAUAAUAUCUUUCUGUGUGUAAAAUGGAUUGUCACUGAUCGCUAUUGCCUCUUAGAUACUGAGGCAUGCGCUUGGACACAAAGAUGCAGAAUUGCAAAGUGUUACUGCGGGAACUGAAUUUCUUAAUGAAAGCUUAGUGGUGUAUGGAGCUCAGCAGUUUGCAGUUCUGAGAAUUAUGAGCUUGGGGAAGUUUGGAGUAAAUACAUACGGAGUGAUGUGUCUCUAUAUAAAAAUACAUAUGCAUAAUUUAAUAAAAGACCAGAUGUCACAGAUGGCUUCCACAUGUGCAGAUUGAUUUGGUGAAAAUAUGUAUAUAUGUAUGUAUAUAUGGUGUGUAUAUACAUUUAUGUGCAGUUAUCAGUUCUUCAUGUAUUUAACUGAAAGGUACCAUAGUCUUCCAAUUAAAAAUGAAACAGUAAAAAAAAAAACAGAAGAUGAAACAGUCUCAUCUUCUUGUAAGAACUGAACUAUCACAGUCCUGCUACUGCUUCAGAGCCAAGGUGUCAUUGUUAGCUUCAGGUGUAGCCAGUAUAUUUCAAGGUUGAUCAGUCUCUUAGGGGUGGAUCUGAGAAUCGUUAUCUGUGCAUAUUUCAGAACUAGAGAAUCUCAUUUAUUAGAAAACUGAAGGUAUUUUAAAAGGAAAUUGCUUAUCAAUGCAUGUGACUGUCCUGGCAGUGAACACUCUCAAAUUCUGUCAUUGUAGUUCACACAGAUUGAAUCAAACCCCGGUGAAAAGAGACUAUAAUAUUUUCCUGUAGGGGGGAAAUAUAGAUGAUAAAUCAAAAUACAUCUUACUAAUCCGUAUUCAACAGAGGCAGUAAAUCAUUUUAAGAAUGAUUGCCUUCUGGGAUGCUGUUGAAAUGUUUAAAACUUGAAUUAAUAUAAAAAAUAUUUGUGGGAUAUUUUCUUCUGUUGAUAGCAAGUUUUUCUCAUAAAGGACAUCGUCUAUGUGUCCUGCAUAACCUAAGCCUAUUUUUACAAUGGGGAAAUCA